AUGGAUUCCGAUUCCGAGUACACUGAAGUUGCCUCCUUCCCCGGUCAUCAGGACGCCGUCCUGUCUCUGAGUUUCUCGGCUUCGGGGCGGUUCCUCGCUGCGACGGGUUACUCGGGUGUGUGCGUGUGGGACGUCAUUCGGAAGCAGCGCGUCGCCAUUCCAGCACCGCCCUCCACACCGACGACGAGACAUAUCUAUACUCGCUCGGCCUGGCUGUACUUUGAGUCAACCGGACUGGAUGUUCUAGUACUCGGCUCGCAGCGAGGGGAUGUCGUGUUGUGGCAGUGGGACGCAGACGACGGGGUCUUCAAUACUGGUGCCAGCGGCCGUCAUUCCGCAGAGGACACUCAAAUCCUGUCCAUUGAUACGCACAAGGUCACUGUAGCUUAUGAAGAGCGGGGUCGCAUCGCAGUUGGCACUGAUGACGGACGGUUGAACAUAUGGUCUAUCCCUCCGCUGGCCGACAAGCUCCGUCUCAAGUAUUCGAUCAAGCUCGAGCCCGCUGUGCGUCCCAAAACUGUCAAGUUCGACAAAUCAUCUCAGGAUGUCAUCGUCUUCUCUCUUACUGGCGGAAUCAUCACUGUGAUUGACUUUCAGACGGGGACGACGGUCGGCUCAACAGAUGAUGGACCUCGAAUAAUGGCAUCUGUCGCCAUUGACUACGUCAACUCGAUGAUGGCAGCGUACACAGGAUCCGCCUUCGAACUGCUAUCGCUGCGUACCCGAAAGCGAAUCAAAAGCAUCGCAAGCGAGGCGCCGAAUGUUUACUACCCGAUAUCUGUAGUCUUUGGCGAAGGCGGCGAGGUUCUGUUGGCAGGGACAGACCAAGGUCAUGCGCUACUCUACGACAUCGCCGAAGGGCGCAUCCGACAGAUCCUUGAUUAUCCCAAAGGCGGACUCGUUCAACAAGUGGCGGCGAGUACCAUGGACGAUGGCUAUUACUUUGCACUGGCCGGCUCAACCAUAUGCAGACCUGCGGAUGUCAUCCUCUACCUUACCAUCCGCACGGCGGCUCGCGUCGGCUCGGCGGUUUACUUGUCGCUCCUGCUCUUGCUGCUUCAUUUAUUGCUUUUUCUUUGCUACUACGAUAGUCUUUAUGCUGUAUAUCGCCACUGGUCGAUGGCAUGGGCUUGA